CCCCACAUGGAGUACCCAGCAGUCAAAUUUUAUUCCUGCCUUCUCAGCACGAAGACCCGCCCGAAGUCUUCCGUAAAUCUUCUCCUCCAACCCCAAUUGAUCCUCGUACAAAUAGCCCUUUCGAUUGCUGUUCCGCUGUCUGGACUUUCAGAAACAAAUCCGCAACCAUGGCUUCCAACAACAACAUCUACCAGACCCCCCUCUCCUCCCGCUAUGCCUCCAAGGAGAUGGCUGAACUCUUCUCGCCAGCUACCCGCUUCAGCACAUGGCGCCAGCUCUGGCUCUGGCUCGCUAAGGCUGAGAAACAGCUGGGUCUUGCAAUCUCAGACGAGGCCAUCGAGCAGAUGGAGGCCCACCUUACCCUCACCGACGAGGACUUCGCCGUCGCCGCUGAGGAGGAGAAGCGCCGGCGUCACGACGUCAUGGCCCACGUCCACGCAUUCGGCCAGAACGCCCCGGCGGCGGCUGGAAUCAUUCACUGGGGGGCUACCUCCUGCUACUGCACCGACAACGCGGACCUGAUAUUCCUCAAGAAGGGACUGGACCUUCUGCUUCCCAAGCUGGCGAAUGUGAUCCACAAGCUCUCCCAGUUCGCCGUCGAGUACAAGGACAUGGCAACUCUAGGCUACACCCACUACCAGGCUGCACAGCUCACCACCGUCGGAAAGCGUGCAUGCCUCUGGAUCCAGGACUUGCUCUUCGACCUGCGCAACCUGACCCGCGCACGCGACGACCUCGGAUUCCGUGGAGUCAAGGGAACCACCGGAACACAGGCCUCGUUCCUCCAGAUCUUCAACGGCGACCACGACAAGGUUGAGGAGCUGGACCGCCUCGUCACCGAGUUUGCCGGUUUCGCGUACGCUUACCCCAUCACCAGUCAGACAUACUCUCGCAAGAUCGACGCGGAUGUGAUCUCUGCACUCUCUUCCUUCGGCGCUACAUGUCAGCGCAUCGGCAGCGACAUCCGCCAUCUCGCCGCCACCAAGGAGAUCGAGGAGCCCUUCGAGAAGGACCAGAUCGGAUCGUCCGCCAUGGCCUACAAGCGCAAUCCCAUGCGCAGCGAGCGUAUGUGUUCCCUCGGCCGUCACCUUGCCAACCUCAACAAGGACGCCCUCGACACCUACGCUGCACAGUGGUUCGAACGCACGCUCGACGACUCGGCCAUCCGCCGCAUCGACAUCCCCAGCUCGUUCCUGACGGGCGACAUCCUCCUGCGCAUCCUCGACAACGUAGUGUCGGGACUCGUCGUCUACCCCGCCGUCAUCAACCGACGCAUCAAGGACGAGCUGCCCUUCAUGGCCACCGAGAACUUCAUCAUGCGCCUGGUGAACAUGGGUGGUAACCGACAGGACGCGCACGAGAAGAUCCGCGUGCUCAGUCACGAGGCCUCGGCUGUCGUCAAGCUCGAGGGCAAGGACAACGACCUGAUCGAGCGCAUCAAGCGCGACGAGUUCUUCAAGCCCAUCUGGGGCGAGAUCGAUACCCUGAUGGACCCGAAGACGUUCGUCGGACGUGCGCCCGAGCAGGUCGUCAAGUUUGUCAACACCGAGGUUGCGAAGGCGCUGGCGCCGUGGAAGAGCCAACUGAGCACUGAGGUCAGCCAGUUGAACGUCUAGACGGGAUGAAGAUGAGGUGGUGGGAAUGCGUGUCGUUGUAUCCGGUGUAUUGGGUGUAUCAUGGUUGGUUGGCUGGGGUCUAGUAGGGGAUUUGGAUUUGUUUUAGAUGGGAGUUUUCUCUCUGUCUCCGUCUCUAUUCGACGUAAAAAAAAAGCAAGAUUUCGUAUCGGGACAAUGCGGACGGGUUCGAUUGAGAUUUGGGUUGCUGCUGGAGAACGAGAGGAGAGAUGACUCCUA